CUCACCUGUGGCCUGUUGAGAUGUUGCAUACCCCGCCUGGACCGAUCGAAGAUGCCCCGGUCAAGAACUCUGGAGGAUAGAUGAAAUCAGCAAGUCAGCAGCUAUCGGUUAGCUCCUCGAGGUAAAGGCUGGUACAAGACGCUCUGACUUUGUAGAGGUUCCUGAUGGCGUAAGAUAUGAGGGCUUUUCUGACUGUACCACCCAUAAUCUUCCUGGCUGCGACAUGCAAUCUUGCCGGCUCGAUCGAGCUCCGAAUAUUCAUCGGUGCCGUUGUGUUGUUGCUCACUGUAGACAUUCGCUUGGCACCGAUUGAAAUGAGCACGGGGCUUGUCGGCGAUGUGGUCUCCUUCUUCAGAUUACCUCCGUGUCCAUCUGUAUCAUCACCGUGUCACAUCAUCAACGGUGUCUGUCACAAUGAUCGGAGAUUAUUCACCUCGGUCAAUGUCGCAAACUGGUUCACGAUUGGGGAAUGUAUGGACUACCUCUUGAUCUCUCGAUGGAUGGGCCGUGACAUUACUCUUACUACCGACGGCCAGCCUACCAGGAUCUCCGCAAGAAGCCCACAUGGUCUGACUGUCUCUGUCCUCAUGAAAACACUGUGGAUUCUGAAGACUGUCCCAUACAGUACUGGGUUACUUGGGGCCAUCAUGGUCAGACAACAGCAAGGAUUGCCCAGGUCAGUUGACGUCACCUGGUUUGGUCUUCAAUGCUAUUGAGCCCGUUCAUGAUAUGAACAAGGCUUGGGUUGUAGCAGCAGUAUUACAGAUGAGAGUGAGGAAGGGAAAGAUGAAAAUUGGCAUUAUCACGACGGAAGGUCAAGCAGAAAGAUAUCCUGCAGCUAAGUUCGACGCCAAGAUAAUACUGUGGAAUUGUGGGUCGC